CACGCGCCGCUGUUGUGUAGGUCACCUCCACGUACGAAUAAAACAACGGGACAGUGCUUCUCGUACUUUAUCUGCUCCACCUCAGCCAACCCCAGCCUUUUCAACCCAGCCCACGUAAUCACGCGCCGCCGUAAGCGCGUGGACUGUUUUCCUCCUUCCCUCACGCGUGACCAUCUCGUACAAGCAUCCUUCUCUCUUUCUUUCUCGCCCAAAACUAACAACAACAAAAGCGAAGGAGAGCUAAUCCUUGGCCUCUCUCUCUGCAUCUUUGGAUUCUCGUCCUCGCAGAGAGAAAUUCUUCUCCCUGCUGCUUCCUUUCUUCGUACUCGGGCCGUGGCCGGCCCCUCAUUCGGAAACCCUAGAUGCUUCUGCUGCUGCAUCUUCUUCCGUUAUCCACUCCUCGCAGCUGCCGGUAAGUUCUCUUUCUUCCCUUCCUCGUUUCCUGCGCUUCGUCUUUUUGGAAUUUCGUGUCCUCGAGUUCGCCGGAAGGCCUUUUCUACGUAGCUCAGAUCCGUUACUAUUUCCUUGUGGUAUUCCUGCUUUCGGCAUCGGACUCGGUUCCCGUUUCCAUGACGCGCUCUGGUUUUGACGCUCCCUCCGUCACCGUGGUAGUGCGAAAUUCGAGAGUUGUUUUUUCAAGCGGGUUUCGGCAUUAGCGGAUUCGCUUUUUGUUUCUACGUUCGACGUUUUUUCGGGGGAAUAAUUGUGGUUUCCACGUUGAAUUCACGCAAUGUAUGUAGAAUGGCCGGUGGAGCGCUGUUGCAUUGUUUACGGGACCUGUUUGGAUGAUAGUAGAGCUCUUUUCUGCUUUUCUUACUGCCGGAGUGCGUUUCUCGAAUUUCCGAAGGAUGAGGGAUGUGGAGUGGGGAGUGGGCGGAAGGGUUUAUGAUACUGAUCUUCUCCUCUAGGUUCCCUUUGAUUUCCAAUUGGAGGUUGUUUACUCCAAUCUUUGUUCUGGUUCGCGAGGCAUUUUCUUUUUUUUUCGUUCUCGAGAAGUUUCGAUUCCAGCUGCCUUACUGCUGGCGAGAGUAUGGGCUGGGAGGAUUUUGUUGGUGGAGUAUGUGCGGUUUCAUUGCUCAUUUUGUCUUUACCAGUAUCCGCAUUCGGCAUUCAAUCUACACCUCAUUCUUUGUUUUUUCGACGAUUGAAGGCGGCAAAUUGAGGACUCUUUGUCCCUCUUCCCAUAGCUCAAACCCAUGAUGAACUCAUUCUGAUUAGUUCUUCUCUUCUUUUUAGCUCUCCUUUUUGUCUUUUGCCCCUUCAUGGGUAGACAAAAGCUCGUUGGGUUCUGUGAAAUUUGAUUGUGGUUCAGAAGGUCUGGUGGGGAAGUAUAUAUUGACAUUGUAGCUUCUUUUGUUUACAGGCAGGGCUGCAGAAGCUAUUGAGCUGGCUUGUUGGAAUGGACUUGGAUGAUAAGUUUCGUGAGAAAGUUUCUGGAGUUCAAAGCCUUUCUUCCAGUGUCCAAAGCACCCCAGAGAAAAAUGGUAACUCCGAUGAUGCGUUAAGAAGUCCAGAACUAAUUCAAGAGUUCCUGAAAUCUUCUGGUCCCAAAAAGGAACUUCUUCGUACUUGCUUUGACAAGGACAAGAAGCUAUCAGCAUCGUUUAAAGGCAAAAUGACAGAACUGAAGUCGUUGGGUAGCAAAACAAUAAAGAAGCUGGAAUCCAAGAAACCGUCUCCUACCACCAAUAAUCAAUCUUCAAAGAAGCAGAAAAGGAAGGGCGAAAACCCCAUUCGAAUAACACCUGCGUCAGACCAGUCUCCCAAUUUUGUGAGUUCAAACUCUUGGAUAUGUAAAAAUGCUGCCUGCAGAGCUGUGUUAUCCAUUGAUGACUCAUUCUGCAAGAGGUGUUCUUGCUGCAUCUGUCAUUCCUUUGACGAGAAUAAAGACCCUAGUCUGUGGUUGUUCUGCACAUCUGAAGCAGCUAAUGAGGAUUCUUGUGGGCUCUCAUGUCACAUCGAGUGUGCCUUUCAGCAUGAAAAGGUUGGUGUUGUUGAUCACGGGCAACUCAUGCAGCUAGACGGCAGUUAUUGCUGCGCUUCUUGUGGUAAAGUAUCAGGGAUUAUCGGAUCCUGGAAGAAACAGCUCACUAUUGCAAAAGAAGCCCGUCGUGUUGAUCUGCUGUGCUAUAGGAUUUACCUAUGUUAUAGACUACUUGAUGGAACUUCAAGAUUCAAAGAGUUGCAUGAACCCAUAAAAGAAGCCAAAGCCAAACUAGAAACCGAGGUUGGUCCGUUAGAUGGCGUUUCUGCUAAGAUGGCACGAGGCAUUGUCAGCAGACUCCCCAUUGCUGCUGAUGUGCAUAAACUCUGCACUCUUGCAACUGAAAGAGCAGAUGAAUGGCUGGCUUCAGCUUCUAAUGUCAAUUCUAGCUGCAGAGCAGAGGGCUCACUGCCCGCUGCCUGCAGGUUUUUCUUCGAAGAAGUAACAGCAUCAUCUGUCAUAAUCAUCCUGAUCGAAAUGUCUGCAUCAUCAUCCGACGAUAUAAUGGGCUACAAACUCUGGUAUACCAAGAGCAGAGAAGAGACUCCUCCAAAGGAACCUAUUUCCGUGUUCCCCAAGACUCAGAGGAGGAUUCUGAUAUCAAAUCUGCAGCCCUGCACACAGUACACCUUCCGAAUCGUGUCAUACACAGAAUCUGGUGAUUUGGGUCACUCAGAAGCCAAGUGUUUCACCAAGAGCGUAGAGAUUUUCCGCAAGCUUCCCAGCUCUUCUUCAGCUGCAGCAAAUGGUGGUACGAAAGACGACAACAUCAACAACGAAGGAGGAAGCACCUCCAAAGCCACUACGGAAGGCAGCAGUGACCUCUCCGGAUUCAGGGUUCGAGAACUCGGGAAGAUCAUCCGCAUGGCGUGGGCUCAGGAGCGAGCCUGCUCCGAUGGCUAUUGCUGUGAUGCUGCCGAUUCGGCAAAACCAGAGUCCACUCAGGAUCACGAGCUGCCCGCUUCUUCCUCACGGCAACUCGAUCUCAACGUCAUGUCCGUUCCCGACUUGAACGAAGAGCUCACCCCUCCCUUCGAGUCGUCCAGAGACGAGGAUAACGACUGCACUCUGGAGGAGCACGCCGUGGAGGCAGCAGACGACGAUGCUGCUUCUCACGACAACAUAAAGAAGGGCAGUUUAGCUAGAUCGAAUGGCAGCGGCGACUCAGCCCCCGCUGUUGAUUCCCGGGGAGAUAAUAGGAAAAGGCCAGCCCCGUCACAGCAGCAUCAAAGGGCCAACGAGGAGGUUCAUGACUGCGACAGCACUCUCAUCAACGGAUCGCCAUUUCGCCCGUCCAGGGGCUCCGGUUCGUUGGACGAGAACUUCGAGUCGUGUGUGAAAAUAAUCCGGUGGCUCGAAUGUGGUGGGCAUAUUGAUCAGGAGUUCCGCCUGAAGUUGCUCACAUGGUUUAGCUUGAGGUCCACGGAACAGGAACGGAGGGUUGUUCAUACUUUCAUCCGGACUAUGAUCGACGACCCGAGUAGCCUAGCAGAACAACUGAUCGACUCGUUCUCAGAUAUCGUAUCGAACAAGAGGCCGCGGAAUGGCUUCUGCAGUAAGUUAUGGCAUUGAGGAAAGAACUUUGUAGGAACCGGUGAAGGGAGAAAGGGGAAAUUUCUUUGUUCCCGCUUUCCUCCUUCCUUUUGCUGUGCGGUUCGGUUUCUUGGGUUUACUCAGGCCGUAUUCAUACAGCGGGGUAAAGUCAAAAGUCUAAUCGGGCAUUUGAAUUGUUCUCAGGGCAUAAAAUUACUGUAGCUGUAGACUGUAGAGUACUUACUGAAGGAUAAUCAUCUAAAUUCUGAAUCUCCAAUGUGUAAUGGAUAAAUCGUCAUUAUUUUUUAACCUUUCUUCCAUUCAAAGAAGGGGAAAUUGAAUUGAUGGCAAAUUCUUAGUCCUCUGUUUUUUAGAGUUCUUUUCGUCACGCAAUUUUCGUUAUAUUUUUCAUGAAAUCCUGAUCACGAAGGUGGAAAAGGAUGCUUACUUGAAUUUCGAUUUAACUCACUGUGUGUGUAUAUGGUUUUAACCUAAUAUUAAUGAUUCAUUCAAUCAUUCUUGUUUAGAUCAUUGUAAAAUAACAGUGAACAUAUGUU